AUGCGCGUGCUAGAGGUCCUACAGCUGCACGCUCGAGAGGCAGAGCAGCUGUGCGUGGCAGAAGCCCAGGGGCUGCGUGGGAGAGAGGCCUGCCGGCUGCACAUGAGCAACAAAAAGGAGCAGAAGGAGGAGUCGCAUCUCCAGGUCACAAGUGACCCGCAUUACGCUGGUACAGGAGAAGCUGAGCUUUCAGCUAAAUUGCAGACAUUAUCAGUGAAGCCGAGGACUGGCGGACUCUUUGAAGACCACGUGGUAAAUACCAGGCAGAACAUGGAACACGUUAAAACAUCAAAAAUAGGUUCAGAAGGUCAAAAGGUAACGCUUUUGGCCAACCAUUUCCGAGUGACGUCCCAGCCCCAGUGGAAUGCUUAUGUAUACACCAUGAACUUCCAACCAGAAGUAGAAGAUACUGCCCUCCGUACGGCUUUACUUCUUCAAAACAAGUCAAAACUUGGGAGUUACUUUCUGUUGGAUGGAAACUCGUUAAUAUUACCCAGACAACUACAAAACUUGAGAGAAGAGAUUACCGGCCUGAAUGAUGAUGAUAAAGAGGUAGAUAUUACACUGCAAUUUUCCAAGAAACUCCGACCCAGCCACCCCGAUUGCAUACGCUAUUUCAACAUCCUCUUUCGAAGAGUUCUGAGGUUGAUGAAUUUGAAGCAGAUUGGUCGCAACUAUUACAACAACAAGGAAGCAAGGGAGUUCCACGAACAUAACAUGGAAAUCUGGCCUGGCUAUAUUACGUCUAUUCUGCAAUACGAAAACAGCCUUACCCUCUGUGCUGAUGUGAGUCACAAACUGAUCCGAAUGGAGACUGCUUACGAUAUAAUAGCAAGGAUCUAUGAAAACAACCAAUAUGGAGAUUGGAAGAAGAGCGUGGAGGAAGAACUAAUUGGAUCAAUUGUAAUCACAAAAUACAACAACAGAACCUACAGAAUUGAUGACAUUAAUUGGCAUAAAUAUCCUAAAAAUACAUUUAAGAGAGCAGAUGGCAGUGUAGUCACCUUUGUAGAUUACUACAUGGAGCGUUACAGAGAAUGUAUCACUGACUUAAAUCAGCCACUGCUGAGCAGCCAAGGAAAAUGGAAAAAGGGCCAGCAAGAUAUACCACGUGACCCUAUACUGCUGGUCCCUGAGCUGUGCUACCUCACAGGUCUAACAGAUCCAAUGCGUAAAAACUCGAGAAUCAUGAGGGACUUGGCCUCAUAUACACGUUUGGAUCCACAAAGAAGACAGGAAAAACUGAGAAAAUUCAUGAAUGCUGUACAAAAUGAUAAGACUGUACAAAAUGAGCUUCAACUCUGGGAUCUGCAGUUUGACAGCAACUUCUUGACAUUCAAAGGAAGAGUUAUGAAUGAAGUCAAAGUCCACCAGCCCAGAGGAUGGAAAUCUGUGUUUGAGCUCACCAGUCCUUCCCACCACCACCAGUCCAACCCACAGUUUUGCCUUUUCAGGAACCUCAUGCAGGAGAUAAUAACUGAUGAAUUUGAGACGUAUAUAACCAGGUUAAAGAAACUUGACCUGAACCAGAAACAGAUGGUGGUUUGUGUACUACCCAAUGACAAGAAAGACAGAUAUGACGACAUUAAAAAAUACCUGUGUAUCGACUGUCCAAUUCCAAGCCAGUGUGUGGUGGCACGAACCUUGGAGAAACCUCAGACUCUGAUGACCAUUGUCGCAAAGAUCGUUCAGCAGAUAAACUGCAAACUGGGAGGAGCCCUCUGGACGGUGGAAAUAAGUAUGCAGAGAACAAUGUUCGUUGGUAUCGAUUGUUUCCACGAUAUUGCACAUCGACAUAAGUCAAUUGCAGGAUUUGUGGCAAGCACCAAUCAAGAAUUAACAAGGUGGUACUCUGAGUGCGUCAUCCAGGAAGCGGGACAGGAGCUUGUGAGCGGGUUGGGCGAUUGCUUGAAAGGGGCCAUCGCUGUCUGGCUGGAAAACAUACCAUCGGUACCAAUGAACGUUAUCGUGUAUCGGGACGGAGUGGGAGACGGUCAGCUCCAGGCCUUGCUGGACCAUGAGAUACCCCAGCUUGUGAAUUGCUUAGAAAGCAAUUUUCCUGUCCGAAUCAAUCUCACUUUCAUUGUGGUGAAGAAACGGAUAAACACCAGAUUUUUUCUCGAGCAACAAGGAGGACUUCGGAAUCCGUCUCCAGGAACAGUAAUCGAUGUGGAAUUGACCAAGCAUGAAUGGUAUGACUUUUUUAUUGUGAGUCAGUCUGUGACGGAUGGCACUGUCACCCCAACCCAUUAUAACGUCAUCUAUGACACGGUUCGCUUGAAGCCGGAUGAGGUGCAGCGUUUAACUUACCAGCUCUGCCACAUGUACUACAAUUUGCCAGGCAUCAUUCGAGUUCCUGCUCCUUGCCACUAUGCCCAUAAACUGGCUUACCUCGUGGGCCAGAGUAUUCACCAAAAACCACAUAUCUCGUUAUCAAAGUUCCUCUACUACAUCUGA